AGAUUAUAAUAACACCAUUGAUAACAUUAUCAGGUGUUGUUCAUCGAUAGCAUGGCCAUUGUUUACUGAUUAGUCACAAAAUAACAAAUUAUGAAACAAAUUUGUGGUUUAUAUAAGAGGCCCCACAGAGGUUUGAUAUAGUGCUUUAAUUUAUAUUUCACAAGAACAAUUGGGUUUUUACACGAAAUUAUCAUCAUAUUACAUGUACAGACUAAUGGUCAUUUAGCAGUUUAUUAACACAUGAUUUUGCGUAUUCACCAAAUAUAACGCAAUAAUUCCCCCCUACCGAUUGGUCAGUUACAUGUACUAAACAAUUAUCAUCAAUUGUGUAUAUAUAACCAAGAUAUCUCAUAACUAGGCAAGGUAUAUUCACUAGAUUUGAACCAACGACGACUUUAUUAUGAAGAACUACUUGGUUUCCACAAUAUUUUUCGUUAUUUCUGUCUCUUUGGCAACCUGUCAGGUACCACGAUGGGGAAGAUGCCCGGAUAUUCCAGUAAAACAGAACUUUGAUGCAGACAGGUAUUUAGGUAAAUGGUACGAAAAUGAGAAAUUUUUCUUUCUUGCUGAACUUGGUCUCAAAUGUAUUAGUGCUAAUUACAGCUUAAACAACGAUGGUAGCAUUAAAGUUCUUAACGCGGGAGUUAACACGAGAACUGGUCGUCCAAGUGAAGCUGUUGGUAGAGCAACAUUAGGAGAGACUGAACCAGCAAAAUUAUCUGUCAAGUUUUCUAGAUUCCAACCAGCAGGUGCCUAUUGGGUUUUAGACACAGACUAUGACACAUACUCCUUGGUUUGGUCAUGUAGCGACUUCUAUUUUGCAAGAACAGAAAUUGCUUGGAUUCUGACAAGAGACCGUGAUGGUGUAGACGAAGCAACAACAAACAGAUUAAAGAACAUUCUACAAACGUAUCACGUUGAUACAACUUCGUUUAGAAAAACCGAUCAAAUUGGUUGUACGAAAAACAUUGGAUAUUAAACAUAAUUGUAACAUUCAUAUCACUUGGAUAAGUAUAUCCGACCAAAAUGGAUGUAUGUAAAACAUGAGACAUAAUUAAAUAACAUAUUAAGAAAUAAUUUGGAUUUUGUCAUAAAUAAAAUAUUACUGACUUG